AUGUUGGAAGAAACGUCAGAUUUGUUACGAUUACUUAGAAAAAGUUAGGAAAAGUCAUGUAACUUGUCAUUGAUAAUGGCAUAUUUAUUUCAACCGGAUUAUGUGCGUUAUGCAUGUAACUGCGGCUCUCUGAAACCAAUUUCAAAAAUUUAUUUUUGUCGCCACUGCAUAAAAAUUCGAUGUGGAUAUUGCGUUUGUCAUGAGGUUGACUCUCACUAUUGUCCUAACUGUAUGGAAAAUUUGCCAUCGGCUGAAGCUCGUCUGAAAAAGAACAAAUGCUCAAAUUGCUUUGAUUGUCCAUGCUGUUUUCAAACGCUGUCAACGCGUGCUGGACACGCACCGUCGAGGCCAUCGUCUUCUGCAAAUAGUGGAGAUGAUGGUAAAGAUGUUAAAGCUACUCCAAAAAAAGUAUAUUAUUUAUCCUGUUCUUUAUGUCGGUGGACCUCACGUGAUGCUGGGAUACCGGAUCAGUAUGUUGCAACCGGAGGUUGGCCAGAACAAGAGAAUCCUCAUACAAUAAGAAUUAGUGCUCUAAUUGAGUAUCACAAAAUUUUGGUUUCAAAGGAGAAGCAACAACGCGAACGUAAGAAAUUUCGUGCCAAGCGUCCUUUUGCACAAUUUGAACCAUUUGAUCUAACGUCAGCAAUUGCUCGGAAGCGUAUAGGUCAGCCUCAUUCAGUCUGGGAUGCUCAGUCUCAGAAUAGUGAUCAACCUUCACCUUCAAUAGCAUCUGAAGAUGUUGAGACUUUACCUGCAGGAAUAUUUACAGAAGUAAUCGAUAUAACUAAAAUUACUACAUUGGAACAACGGUUGCAACGUCCAGACAUGCAACCUGAAAGAAUUAAUGAGCUACGUCCUCAGCAUAAACAACUUCUUGUCAAAAGGUCUCUGCGCUGUAAAACCUGCGAGCACAAUGUCAGUAAACCAGAAUUCAGCUCUCAGUCCAUCAAAUUCAAAAUUCAGCUGACUGCCUUCUAUCACAUUCCAGAAGUCCGCAUAGUCACAUGUGAACCUUUACGAGCAGGCAUAUCAAGUGAAUUACUUCUAAAAUUUUGUAAUCCAACACAACAUCAAACUCAAAUAAUUUUGCUGCCAUUGGAAACAUCAACUGUACCAACUACUAUAACAGAAACUGGUGAAAUGGAAGAACUUAAACGAGAAAAUAUACAAAUGGGUUUUGAUUCACCUAAUCUUCUGCCAUUUGCGGUUCGUCAAGUAUCUGUCACAGAAGAUCCAAAAUCCAUUACGAUUAUUCCUGGUGCAAACAUUUCUUUACCUCAAAGUGCAUUGAUUUUACCACCUCGAGAUGAUGCAGCUGAGUAUGAUGAUACUGGUGAUACGCAUAAUUUUCAAGAUGAUCCAAAUUUGGUUGUGUGGCGAAAAGGAAAUAAAGCAAUUGUACGAUUACAAGUUACACCUCACAGGGGUGAACAAUCCAUAGAGAAUCAAGAGAAUAUUAUUGUGGGUCUUGUUAUGCAGCAUGGAUAUGUCAACACCAUUGCGACAUUAGAACAUAAAACCCCGCAACAGUUAGAUCUAAAGGCAAAAUUAUUCCUCACUCUUGGAAAGCUUGUUGGUAUAUAAUUUCACACAUUUGUGAAUUAAUACAUUAUAUUAGCACUUAACUUUCAACAAUUCAUGACUUUCUUGCUUGAAAUAACUGUAGUAAUAUGUAAUUAUAUAUGAAACUUGUAUUCUAUCUUCAUAUUAAUGAAUAAAAAAAAGAAUGACUAAA